GUUGGAAACGGGACAAAGGUUUGGGAUGGGGAUAUACUGAUGGUCGGUAUAGUCACGUUGCCACCGGAUGGUCGAGCAGUGUUGUUCCAGCUUGGCGAGAGACUGCUUCCCGAUGUUGCUUCAGCUGACGAGAAUUGACUCGGCAGUGAUACCGUCGGGAACGGUAUGAAAGAUUCGCUGGCUGUACUGAUGGUUGGUACUGAGGAAUUCCCGCCAGGAGGUAGAGAAGUGGUGUUCCAGCUCGGAGACAAACUGCUCCCUGUCGUCGCCUCUACUGAGGAUGAUGAAGCUGGGAGUGAUACCGUUGGGAAUGGCACAAAUGAACCACUGGUGCUUACAGUUGGUACUGACAAGUUAGCACCUGAUGGGAGGGAAGUGCUGUUCCAGCUGGGACUGAAGCUGGUCCCUGAAGUAACCCCCCUUGAAGACGUUUGGACCGAAGCUGACGACGUUGGAAAAGGGACCAAGCUCCCGCUGGAACCACUAGUUACGGUUGCAGAUGUGUUUCCUCCAGAAGGAAGAGACGUGCUAUUCCAGCUGGGUCCGAAGUUACUCCCCGAGCUUGUGACCACCGAAGAUGCUUGGCUUGAUAGAGACAACGUUGGAAACGGAACGAAUGUGUCACUCGAGAUACUGAGUGUCGGUACCGAGCCAUUACCUCUCGACGUGGUACCAUUCCAGCUUGGACCUACACUCCCGCUUGAUGAACCACCAGAGCUUGCGGAAACCGAGGCCGUUGGGAACGGCACGAACGUCCCUCUGGAGAUACUGACUGUUGGUACUGAGCCAUUACCCAUCGAAACAGAGGUAGUUCUAUUCCAACUUGGCCAUAUAGUACUACUAGAUGAGGCCCCAGUGAUGGUAGAAGCCGAGGCUGUAGGGAAGGGUACGAAGCUUCCACCGGAGAUAUCGGUAGUCGGAGCCGAUCCAUUGCCUCUCGACGCUGACGUGGUGUUCCAACUUGGAGCCACACUACCACUCGACGAGCUCCCAGAACUAGUGAAGUCCGAGCCUGUAGGAAAUGGUACAAAACUCCCACUUGAGAGACUGACAGUUGGAAUCGAACCAUUCGCUGUUGAGGCUGAAGUCGUAUUCCAACCUGGCCCUACACUCUCACCCGUUGUCCUAGACCCAGUGGUCACAGACACACUUAGAGCCGACUCUGUAGGGAUAGGCACAAAAGGCCCUGUCCCAGAAAUACCGCCGCUCGGGGCAGUCAUACUCGAGUUCCACCCUGUCAAUGUCCCAGUCGGACGUGUCCCACUCUCCACAGGACUCGACGUCGAGAUACCAGGAAAAGACCACGGUGGCGAAUCGGUUGCAGUGCCAGAUCGUGUCGUUCGGGUAUCUGAUAGUUGGGAUGUUACACCCGUGUUGGACUGGAGAGUUUGGGUCCGGUUGCCAGAUUGGGAGUGAGAUGAAGUAGGUGCUCGGUCUUGGCUUGAGAAGGAUGCUGAGAAGGGAUCUUGGGUAUCUGCUGGUGACUCUGUGGUGGUGCUCCAUGAAGCUGCUGAACCUGAUCUUGUAAGGCUUUCGCUGGCUGAUCCUGUAGUUGGACUGCUGCUGUUGGCGUAUGUCGUCCUGGGAACAUCUCCAGUCGUCUCUCGUGCUGUCGUCUCUCCACCAGACGCUGCAGUCUGAUUCCACGACGCUUCAGUCGUCGAAUACGCUCCCCCAGCCGUCGUCUCAGCAUACGUCCCCGACCCAGGCU